UUCAUCGACCUUUUCAGAAACAUCGAAAAAAAAAAAUUUCAAAAUGAAAUCCUUCGCUCUAGUUGUUCUGGCAAUCACCUUGGUGGCCGCCGACGUCAGUGAGGUGAUCUCGAAGGACCAAGACAUCAUUCUGGAACCGGUUCAGCUGGACCUGCUCAAGGAUACCCAGACUGGACAGCUGGACGCAACCCACGCCGACUACCAGGCGCCCUAUCAGUACGAGAAACCUCAGGUGACGGUAGAUUACGAGGCUCCAUUGGCAAUUGCCGCUCCAGUUCCGGUAGUACGAAUCGAUGCCCAGGAACCAGCAGUUGCUGUGCAGAACGAUUAUCUUCCUCCGUUCGUCAAUGCUAGGGAUGCUGUUGCAAAGCGACAUGUGCGGUACUUCAUCCGGCGACGAGUUUAG